AUGAUACAGAAUACCACUAUGAUACAGAAUGCCACUAUCACUAUGAUACAGAAUGCCACUAUGAUAGAGAAUGCCACUAUGAUACAGAAUACCACUAUGAUACAGAAUGCCACUAUCACUAUGAUACAGAAUGCCACUAUGAUACAGAAUGCCACUAUGAUAGAGAAUGCCACUAUGAUACAGAAUACCACUAUGAUACAGAAUGCCACUAUCACUAUGAUACAGAAUGCCACUAUGAUAGAGAAUGCCACUAUGAUACAGAAUGCCACUAUAAUACAGAAUGCCGCUAUGAUACAGAAUGCCACUAUCACUAUGAUACAGAAUGCCACUAUGAUAGAGAAUGCCACUAUGAUACAGAAUGCCACUGUAAUACAGAAUGCCGCUAUGAUACAGAAUGCCACUAUCACUAUGAUACAGAAUGCCACUAUGAUACAGAAUACCACUAUCACUAUGAUACAGAAUACCACUAUGAUACAGAAUACCUCUAUGAUAGAGAAUGCCACCAUGAUAGGAAUGCCACUGUAA